AUGGCUUCAAUUGAUAAUGAAUACGAUUAUAUCUUUAAAGUAGUUAUACUUGGAGAUUCAGGAGUUGGCAAAACUUCUCUGAUGAUUAGAUAUGCUGACCAAAUGUUCGAAGAGUCAAUAUUCUGCACUAUUGGGAUAGACUUCAGAAUGAAAACAAUCGAGAGUGAUAAUGAGAGAAUUAAGUUCCAAAUUUGAGAUACAGUUGGGAACCCAAGAUUCAACAAUAAUUUCAAAACAUAUUUUAGGUUUGCGCAAGGGAUUAUUUUGGCAUAUGACUGCACAUCUGAACAAUCUUUCAUAUGCGCUAAAAAUAUCAGCAAUGUUGUUAAUCAAUAUACCUAUGAAAAUAUUGUAAAAGUUGUAGUCGGGAAUAAAUGUGAUAGGGAAGAUAAAGUUGUGGAAAAAUCAAGGGGUGAGGAGUUUGCUCAAGGAAUACAAGCUGGAUUUUUUGAGACAAGUGCAAAAGAGGAUAUAAAUGUAAACGAAGCGUUUGAAUACUUGCGUCUUGAAAUCAAAAACUGAGUACAUUUAAUUGGAAAUAACGCUGAGAGUUUAAUACCAAAGAUCAAAGUGAAAGAAAGAAAAGAAGUUUGUAUUCAAUAA